UAAGUCCAUCGUCAAGGAGUCAGACGCCAUCCGCAUCUACAAUGCAUGCUGGAAUGGCUGACAAUCCUAUGGCGGACAACAAGCCGGAGAUCGGACCCGGCAUUGCGUAGAAGACAGUCCAUUCCGGUGAUAGUGAAGUGCUUCAAGGCUGGCAUCAACACCAGGUACAUAUCGCCAGUUGAACUACAUGUACAUGUCCACCAGACCCUCAUCGAGCAUCGCCGUCACUCGAACGGCAAGGCCAAUGAAGAGAGUCAGGUCAGUCAAGGCGGGCCGCUUUGCAAUGAUGACUGACUCACUGCAUACGAUGUCAUGUCACUGUCAGUGCUUCACCCAGUUCAGCCUUGUUUUCGAGCGUCAAGAGAGCCGACGGUCUACCUUCCUACGCAGCCGACAACAACGCGACAAGAAGGCGGGCGUCGGCCGUGCUUUUGGCUGCUGCGGGUGCAGAGUGAGGUCAGCUGUGGAUCGCAUGACCGCAUUCGGCAAAGCCGAGCUGCUCGGGGGCAUUUGCGAGGGGGUGACGAGGCUGCCUGUACAAAUGUGGUGUAAUCCAUGGCGGUAUGCCUUCCCGCGAGUCAUGCCUUCCAGCGAGCCGAUUCAGACGACGUAGUGGAAGUCAGCGACACAGAGACAUACACAGACGAGUUCAGCGUGCUUGGUUCACGUCUUCCUGUUCGACUAUGACGACACGUACGCCAGACACAAUCAGUUGAGAGCUACAUGCAUCCAUCCAUCCCCGUGCUGCUGUAUGUGUAUCUGUCCUCUCUCGGUGCUCUGCGCAGGCUAUUCCCCACCUCUGCACACGACAGCAUGGAGGAGGCGGUCCGGAAAGGGACCAUGACAGAGAAGGAGGGGCGGGCAAUACUGGCCAAGUGCGCCGGAUCGGCCCUGCGGCUGCUGGAGCGGUGCGUCCUGAGGGGCCAGGUCAUCAUCUGCUCCAAUGGCGACCGCUCCUGGUGAGUGGGUGGGUGGGUGGGUGGACAACCGACAUGCCGUGUGUGUGUGCCAAUGUGCAGGCUGGAGGAGUCGCUGGACGGGGAGGCCUACCAGGAGCUGAGGCAGUUCCUGAAGGCCAGGGCCAUCCCCGUCCUCUCCGCCAGGGAGCACGCACGGCUGCAGGGACUCAUCGAGUACGAGUCCGGAUCACCACGCCACACUCCUGGCUCCCUGUCUCUCUCCCUAGUGUGCGUGCCAUGCAGGGCGCCGGAAGAGCACUGGCAGCACACCCAAGAGACAAUUCAUCGCUGCUUGCAUUUUAUAUCUGACUGUCUUGUGGGCAAACCAUCUCGCCUCCGCAAAAACAGAUAUGCACGCGGAAAAUGGGAUAUUGAUGACU